AGUCGGAAAUUAGUUAGUUCACGGCAGCUGCAAAGAUGCAUUCGACUACGAGACGUUUGGCCCUAGUCGGUAUCCUGGUGGCUCUGGGUGUCACCGCCUUUGCCAAGCCACAUGGCAGUUGGAGCAGCGGUGGUGGCGGCGGCAGCGGCGGUGGAGGCUGGUCCUCGGGCGGCAACAAGAUCAGCAUCAGUGCCUGGCCCUCCAGCGGUGGUUGGUCCUCCGGCGGAGGAGGUGGCAGUGGCUGGCAGAGUGGCGGUGGAGGAGGAGGCAGUGGCUGGAAAAGCGGCGGAGGAGGCGGCAGUGGCUGGCCGAGUAGCGGAGGAAGCGGCGGUUGGUCCUCCGGUGGAUCCUCGGGCUGGCCCAGCGGCGGAGGCGGCGGUAGCUCUGCUUGGAAACUGAGCUCGAUUGGUGGAGGUGGCGGUGGAUCCGGCUGGUCGAGUGCCUUGUCCGGCCUGUCCGGAUGGAAGUCCCAGGCCUUGUCAGGCCUAAGCAGCGGCUGGAAGAGCGGCGGAGGCGGAGGAUGGUCAAGUGGUGGAGGCGGCGGCGGCUCUGGCUGGAAGAGCGGCGGAGGCAGUGGAGGCAGCGGCUGGUCCUUGGGCGGCGGCAGCUCCUCAGCCUGGCCCAGCAAGAGCAGCAGUGGCUGGUCAUCCGGCGGCAGUGGCGGCGGCGGCGGCGGCGGCUGGAGCUGGUAAUGCACAGAUGCGUGAUCCACAUGGCAACAGGCAACGAGGCGACAAUAGACACUGCUCCACUUGUACAUAAAUAACAUUUCUCUUCUUAAAUUUAACCGAAUUAAUUUUUUUUUUUUGCAUUUCUUAAUAUGCCAAUAAAUGUUACAACACUUGUAA